GAAGCUGGAUCAGGGAGCCCAGGAGCUUCAGCAAGACACAAAAAGAACUUGACCGAGCAAAACAGGAACUCGAUUUUGGCGUACUUUGAAUUGCUAAAGUACUUCCAGUGGCCCGAACCAUCGUCUGGAGGAGCGACCAUCACAGAGCUCGACACUCAUGAAGUAUCAACAAUGGAGGGAAACAUGCACGACCGCAGUGCUACCUCAGCGCUAUAGCGUAACACGGGGAGUCCUGGUGUCAUCAAAACAAUCUUCGGAAGCAGCCAUAGUAACUGUAUUAAACGCCAACAAAAUACUUGCACCUGUGAACAUAGUGAAGGAAACGGGGUUAAUGGAGUCCCGAACAACUCUGGUAGCGCAGAAUGUCAUCCAGUCAAUCAGAAGGAACUUCAUCUGUCCCCAAACAGCUUGCAUCCUGAGCCAUGUUCCCUCCCUUGACCUAACCCAAUCGAGUUUCUGCUGUUCAAUAAUAACACCACCAGCGGGUCAAUCUUUCAAGUUCCUGGCGUUCCACAAUUAUCAGCUCUCCACAGUGAAUUGCCCAGAAGAAGACUGGGCAACCACCUGCAGCUUGCCAUUGCACCCGAGUGGGUUAAGGCAGCAAACAAAAAUUAAUAGCUGCAGUGUUGAAAGGAAGUGGCCGAGCACCUCAAAUAACGAAGAUUGAGCGUUCAAUUGCUACCACGUUCACUAAAACAGUGAGAGUUAACAUCACCUCUUGCAACAAGCCGUUUGAAUCUUCGCCAAAGAAACGUAAAGAGGAACACGAGAGAGGAAGUGACGAACCAAAAGGUGGAAAUCACCAGCCGACCAUUGUGUCUUCCGAGCAUCGGCUCUCCCUCGUGAACAACCGUCAAUUUGUAGACCUGGAUGGUGAAAAGGAAGUUCCAACUCGUAAACGAACUGGAGUGAAAAACUACAGACACUGGUGA